AAGGACACAGGCGAACUCUCUUGCUAGAGACUAGAGAGGGUGAUAGGCUACUAGGCUAGGAGUGUGCUAUCCCUCGCGCACGGCAGCCAUGGAGCACAGCAGCCUCCUGCCUCUGGCGUCGCUGCUGGCAGGGUCGUGCGCCCUCCUCGCGGCCGCGGCCGCGGCUGCGGCGCUGCUCCUCGCCAUUUCCGCGUGGCUGCAGCGGCCGCGCCGCGUGGCGGGGGCCUUCCGGCGGCAGGGCAUCGACGGGCCCCCGCCGUCGUCGUUCCUGUCGGGGAACCUCCCGGAGAUGCAGGCGAGGGCGGCCGCCGCGGCGGUGGCGGAGACCGGCGGCCGGGACUUCGAGAAGGAAGGCUUCGACGACUACUGCAAGAGGAUCUUCCCCUACUUCGACAAGUGGAGGAAAGCCUACGGCGAGACGUACCUGUACUGGCUGCGCCGGCGCCCGGCGCUGUACGUGUCGGACCCGGAGCUGAUCCGCGAGAUCGGGCGGUGCGUGUCGCUGGACCUGGGCAAGCCCACCUACCUGCAGAAGGGCCAGGAGCCCCUCUUCGGCCGCGGCGUCCUCAAGGCCAACGGCGCCGAGUGGCACCGCCAGCGCAAGCUCAUCGCGCCCGAGUUCUACAUGGCCAAGGUCAAGGGCAUGGUGGAGCUGAUGGUGGACGCGGCGCAGCCGCUGCUGCGGUCGUGGGAGGGCAAGGUGGCCGCGGCGCCUGGCGGCGUCGCGGAGGUCGACGUCGACGACGACAUCCGGAGCUUCUCCUUCGACGUCAUCUCCAGGGCCUGCUUCGGCGGCGACUACUCCAGGGGGCGGGAGAUCUUCCUCCGCCUCAGGGCGCUGUCGGGCCUCAUGUCCGAGACCAGCGUCAUCUUCACCAUCCCCUCGCUCCGCCACCUGCCCACGGAGAAGAACCGGAGGAUCUGGAGGCUCACGCAGGAGAUCCGCUCCCUCAUCCUCCAGCUCGCCAGCGAGCGCCGCCGGGCGGGGGCGGGGGCGGCGGCGCCCGACUUCCUGGGCUCCAUCAUCGAGAACAGCCGGGGGCAGCCGCGCGCGGACGACUUCGUGGUGGACAACUGCAAGAACAUCUACUUCGCGGGCCACGAGACGAGCGCGGUCACCGCGACGUGGUGCCUCAUGCUCCUCGCCGCGCACCCGGAGUGGCAGGACCGCGCGCGCGCCGAGGUGCUCGAGGUCUGCGGCGGUGCCGCUGGUGCCGCCGCACCGGACUUCGACGCGGUCGCCAGGAUGCGGACGGUGCACGCGGUGGUGCUGGAGACGCUGCGCCUGUUCCCCCCCUCCUCGUUCGUGGUGCGGGAGGCGUUCCGCGACAUGCAGCUGGGGAAGCUGCGCGCCCCCAGGGGCACCUACCUCUUCGUGCCCGUCUCCACCAUGCACCACGACGCCGCCAUCUGGGGCCCCACGGCGCGCCGCUUCGACCCGGGACGGUUCCGGGACGGCGUCGCGGCGGCGUGCAAGCACCCGCAGGCGUUCAUGCCGUUCGGGCUUGGCGCGCGCACCUGCCUCGGACAGAACCUCGCGCUCGUCGAGGUCAAGGCGCUCGUGGCGCUCGUCCUGUCGCGGUUCGCGGUGGCGCUGUCGCCGGACUACAGGCACGCCCCCGCGUUCCGGUUCAUCAUCGAGCCGGAGUUCGGGCUGCGCCUCCUCGUCCGCCGCCUCGGCCAUGAGGACGACGGCCACUGAUGUCUCAUGUCUGAUGAUACGCCACGGGUAGAUGUUGAAGUGUUUGGAGUUGCGUUUUGUAAAGACGUACACUAGCUAACACGUGAAAAAAAAAGGAGAAGGAUUACCGUGACACAAUGAACACACAGGCAAUAACAAGGUUAUACGUACAUGAAGGAUAUGCAGUAGUAAAACCGAUGAACCUGUCAGUACUACAAGGCGCCUGACUACCUGAGUUUCAGUGUACAUAUACCUUCUUGUUUCAGCUGUUUAAUUGACAUCAGUACUGGUUUGUAACACAGAAAUUUCACGAGCAAACAGUGAAUGACUUGGAUUGACGGC